UUGCCCAGGAGGGAGGCAUCAGAUGACAGGAGAGCAGUUUUCAUUGGCCAGGGAGCUUUGGAGGAGAACAGGGUGCCCAUCUGUGUCCUGGCUGGUGCCACCAGCCGUCCCCAACUCCUCUGGCUCCUGACCUCCCCUGAGCUGACAGCCAGUGGACUUGCUCCAGGCCUUUCUUUCCAGCCCUGGAUCUCCCUGGGGCUGCCUGUCCUCUGCCACCUUCUGCCAGCCUUCCAGAGCUCGGCCCAGAAGCCUGUUCCGCCACCCAAUGAGGUCACCUGCCAUGAAGCUCUCUUUGGAGCUGCCCAGCCUGUCAUGGCAUGUGGGGUACUGACGGGCGCCGCUUCCCCUUCGACUCCCCGCCGGAGAGGACAGGGCAGAGACGUGGCAUGCCUGGUGUGGCGCUUGAGAAGAACCCCAGCAUGGAGCUGGCUGCCACCACCCCCUUCCGUGUCACGGGCUUCCUCAGCCGCCAGCUCAAGGGCUCCAUCAAGAGGACCAACAGCCAGUCCCGGCUCGACAGGAACAGCAGCUUCCGGCACGUCCUCCCGGGCUUCAGGGGCGCGGACCAUGAGAGAUCCCAUCUAAUGCCGAGGCUGAAGGAAUCGCGUUCCCACGAGUCACUACUCAGCCCCGGUAGCGCAGUGGAGGCCCUGGACCUCAGCAUGGAGGAGGAGGUGGCCAUCAAGCCUGUGCACAGCAGCAUCCUUGGCCAGGAUUUCUGCUUCGAGGUGACAACAUCGUCUGGCAGUAAAUGCUUUUCCUGCCGAUCUGCAGCAGAGCGGGACAAAUGGAUGGAGAACCUGCGACGCGCUGUGCACCCAAACAAGGACAACAGUCGGCGAGUCGAGAACAUGCUCCAGCUGUGGAUUAUUGAAGCCAAAGAACUGCCUGCCAAGAAGAGAUACCUGUGCGAACUCUGCCUGGAUGAGGCUCUCUAUGCACGCACAACCUGCAAGCUGAAAACGGACAAUGUCUUCUGGGGGGAGCACUUUGAGUUCAACAACCUCCCGCCCCUGCGGAGUAUCGCUGUUCACUUGUACAAGGAGACAGACAAGAAGAAGAAGAAGGACAAGACCAACUUCAUCGGGCUGGUCAGCAUCCCGGCCGGCUCCGUCACGGGGCGUCAGUUUGUGGAGAAGUGGUACCCUGUUGUGACGCCCAACCCCAGCAAGGGCAAGUCCGGCGGGCCCAUGAUCCGCAUCAAGUCACGCUACCAGAGCAUGAACGUGCUCCCCAUGGAAACGUACAAGGAGUUUGCUGAGUACAUCACCAACAACUACAUGGUGCUCUGCUCCGUGCUGGAGCCGCUGCUGAGCGUCAAGAACAAGGAGGAGAUGUCCUCGGCCUUGGUCCACAUCCUGCAGAGCACGGGAAAGGCCAAGGACUUCCUGACGGACCUCAUGAUGUCGGAGGUGGACCGCUGUGGCGAGAAUGAGCACCUCAUUUUCCGUGAAAACACGCUGGCCACGAAAGCGAUCGAGGAGUACCUGAAGCUGGUGGGGCAGAAGUACUUGCAGGAUGCCUUAGGCGAGUUCAUCAAGGCGCUGUAUGAAUCGGAUGAAAACUGCGAGGUGGAUCCCAACAAGUGCUCAUCCUCAGAUCUCCUGGAGCACCAGAGCAACCUGAAGAUGUGCUGCGAACUGGCCUUUUGCAAAAUCAUCAACUCAUACUGUGUCUUCCCGCGGGAGCUGAAAGAGGUCUUUGCCUCGUGGCGCCAAGAGUGCAGCAGCCGCGGCCGGCCAGACAUCAGCGAGCGCCUGAUCAGCGCCUCCCUCUUCCUCCGCUUCCUCUGCCCGGCCAUCAUGUCGCCCUCCCUGUUCAACCUGCUCCAGGAGUACCCAGACGAUCGCACUGCCCGGACAUUAACCCUCAUUGCCAAGGUCACCCAAAACCUGGCCAACUUCGCCAAGUUUGGGAGUAAGGAAGAAUAUAUGUCCUUCAUGAACCAGUUUUUGGAACACGAGUGGACCAACAUGCAGCGCUUUUUGCUGGAGAUCUCCAACCCAGAGACCCUCUCGAACACGGCAGGCUUUGAGGGCUACAUCGACCUGGGCCGGGAGCUGGCCACAUUGCACUCCCUGCUCUGGGAAGUGGUUGCUCAGCUGGACCAGAACACAGCCACAAAGCUGGGUCCCCUGCCACGCCUCCUCAGGGACGUCAACGCCGCUCUGAGCAACCCGUCCUGCGUGCAGGUCUCCAUCACGACGGAUCCUGCGGCCUUGACACCCAGCGCCGGCAACGGCAUCUCGGUCGGGCUGCAGAAGAUGGUGAUUGAGAACGACCUGCCUGGUCUGAUAGAUUUCACACGGUUACCGUCUCCAACCCCUGAAAACAAGGACUUGUUUUUUGUCACAAGGUCUGCGGGGGCUCAGCCGUCGCCCGCCCGGAGCUCCAGCUACUCGGAGGCCAAUGAGCCCGACGUCCAGAUGGCCAAUGGCAGCAAGAGCCUCUCCAUGGUGGACUUGCAAGACAAUCGCCUUUUGGACGGCGGGGGCGGCGGGCCGGGGGCCACCGAAGCGCUCCCCGAGAGCCACCCCUCGGCCGGGCAGGCCUGGGGCGCGCGGACUCAGCAGAGCGGCGUGACGGGCACAGCCACCGUGCGCCGCUCUGGACAGACCCCCACCACCCCCAACACUGAGAACGCCCCUGGCCGGCCCCAGCUGCUGGCGCCCCUCUCCUUCCAGAACCCCGUCUACCAGAUGGCGGCGGGCCUGCCCCUCUCCCCCCGGGGACUGGCCGACUCGGGCUCCGAGGGCCACAGCUCGCUCAGCUCCCACAGCAACAGCGAAGACUUGGCGGCAGCCACCAAGCACGGGUUCGGCAACCCCACCGUCCCCGAGGACUUUGCCCGGCGAGCCGGGGAACUGGCCCGCCGGCAGCUCUCAGUUGCUGAGAAGGGCGGGCAGCCCACGAUGCCCCGGCAGAACAGCGGUGGCCCCCAGCGGCGGAUAGACCAGCCCCCUCCCCCUCCCCCUCCCCCGCCUAUCACUCGGGGCAGGACCCCCCCCUCCUUACUGAGCACCUUGCAGUACCCCCGGCCCACCAGCGGGGGCCUGCUUUCCUCCUCACCUGACUGGCCGGGCAGCGGUGCCCGGCUCCGCCAGCAGUCCUCCUCCUCCAAGGGAGACAGUCCCGAAAUGAAGCAGCGGACCAUGCACAAACAGGCCCCUUCUCCAGUGAACCCCAACGCCCUGGACCGCACGGCCGCUUGGCUCCUGAACAUGAACGUGCAGUUUUUGGAAGAGGAAAGUGCUGAGCCAGAAUGCAAGCACAGGAGUAAAGACGAGCUCGGCCAAGGGGAAAAGUACCAGCAAGACGUGGCGGUGCUGCAGGACAAGCUGCGCCUCUCUGCCAAGAAGCUGGAGGAGUACGAGGCCCGGUUCCGGUGCCAGGAGGAGAGCACCCAGAAGCUGGUGCUGGAGUACCAGGCCCGGCUAGAGGAGAGCGAGGAACGACUGCGGCGGCAGCAAGAGGACAAGGAGAUGCAGAUGAAGGGGAUCAUCAGCAGGCUGAUGUCAGUGGAGGAAGAACUCAAGAAGGAUCACGCGGAAAUGCAGGCAGCCGUGGAUUCCAAGCAGAAGAUCAUUGACGCGCAGGAGAAACGCAUUGCCUCCUUGGACGCGGCCAACGCCCGGCUCAUGAGCGCCCUCACGCAGCUGAAAGAGAGGUACAGCACGCAAACCCGCAAUGGGAUUUCCCCCACAAACCCGACCAAAUUGCAGAUCACCGAAAGCGGUGAGUUCCGAAACAGCAGCAGUUGCUAACCCGGGGGGACGGCUGCUGCAGGCGCGCGAGCGAGCGAGCGAGAGGAGAACCCAGCCAGCCACCUGGUGGGGGGCUUGGCACUCCCCCGGUCCACCUCCUCCAGUGGGGAAAAGUGAAGCGGACCCAGAGCCCUCCUUGCCAGUGGCCUGCGGCCCGCGGAUGGAGCUAAGAGCCACCGAAGCGCACAAGCCUCCGACCAAGCAAGAGCAAAGCCACUUGUCCAAAGGAAACGCUUCAGCACCCAGAAAGCCAGGCCACUUCCAGGAACGCCGGGAGACUCUCUAAAAGCCGGCCGAACCUCCGACGCUCCCAGCGUCUGCUGCACCGGUACUCCCAGAUUGGUCGUACCUUCCUGUACUUCCGCCACUUUGCAAGUUGUCCUGCUUGGCUCCACGUCCCACCAAGCAUGCCUUGGGCGCAUGGGGCCUCGUCCUCCCUCCUCCGGGGCCACCCUCGGUGUGGCGGCACAGGCUCCACCGCUCGGCAGAGUGAGUCUCUGCUUUCAAUACCCAGAGAGGUCUAGAUGUGUCUCUGCGUGAGUCCCUGAAGCACGACGGCUAGUCAGAAAACCUCAGCCCCCGGCUGAAAGUUCAAACGAAGAUGAAAGAUUUUCCUAUCUUGGCAAAGAUGUCAGAGUUAACUUGGGGUGUUCCCUGUGUAUUUGGGGGUCUCUUUCUGGCCUCCCCAAACGUCAACUUGGUUGAUCAGCACGGAUUCCCUCCUCCAGCUGUUAGGUGCUCACGGAUCCUUUCCAUCCAAUUCCGCCCCUUGGGCUGGUGAAGAGGCCAAAUAUAGAGGGGAGACAGCAGGCGGUAGAAUUGCUUUGGUGCAGGGGGAGUCGAGGCAGGUGACCUUAAAUCUGAGGGACGAUUUUGCCACGCCGUAUUCUGCUGACGCAGCAAGCUAGUUCAGCAGCAGAGGCCCCGUUUUGACAACAGGUUGUCUUUAGGCUGGCCAGACCAAAAAAAUGCCGAGAAGGAGGUGAAGGCUGCGGAAGACCCCCAUCCCCACCCCCAUCUCCAAAGACACAGCAUGGGGCGAAAGCUUCUGAGGACCUGACGUGCCAGGGAAGGAUGGUCAGUUGGAAGCCGUAGCCUCUGGCCAGGAGGCUGUUUCCCUGUGCAGAACAAUAGUAAUGCAACAGGAAGUUUCCUGUUACUAAAUUAAACUCUUAAGCACACGAAACAAAUUCACACAGGGCACAGUGCAAUAGAGUGUAGGGGGAUACCAGUGCGGCCAAAUCCUCAGCAGGGGGUGGGGGUGGCUGUUGGACGAGCAAGGGGAAUUGCCCCCGGGUCGCAAAAGGAAGGAAGGAACCAAGCGCUUUGCCAGCCUUGUCCACCCUGGGGCCUUCGGGGGUGUUUGGGCAGCAGCUCCCCCCUCAACUUCCUGGCACCACAGGAUCUGCUGUCCCACAGACGGGGGAGGACCCCAGCUUGGAAAGGCGGCCCUUCUAGAAAGCUGCUAAUGAAUGGGGCUUCCGCUUGUCAGGCGGGGUGGUGGGGCUAACUGGCCUGGGAGGGGGGUUACGGACGCCGAGUCACCAGCCUGUGUGGCAGCUCCGUUCCUCCAGCGAUGCGUGUGGCGGGACCCUGUGCGAUUGCUGCCAGAGCGCUAGACGAGGACCAGAAGAGGAAAAAUAACGAUGAAAUAAAAGCCUCCCUGGCAUAUAAAGAUCGGUAACUCCCUUUCUCUUUUCUUUCACAGUCUGCGUUAGGAAUAAAACAGUCAAAUGCCCAAAGCAG